AUGAUUUCAAAAAUUUUAAAAAAAGCGAUCGUGUUCGAUGCAUUUCCAAAGGUUGAUGCAGAUUGUCAGAAUCGAAGUACGCAAGGUGGUUUUUUGACAAUCAUUGUAUCGAUAUGUUUAUGGUUUUUGAUAGUUAGUGAAUUCAGAGAGUACUGGUAUCUCGAUCAAAAAUAUGACUUUGUGGUAGAUCAAAGUAUAAACCACGAAUUACAGAUUAACGUUGAUAUUACAGUAAAUACUCAAUGCCCUUAUUUGACGGUAGACGUGGUAGAUGUUGCUGGAGAGCGACUGCACAUGACAACCGAACUGGAGAAAAUACCGACGACCUUUGAAGUCAGAUCCGCUCAUUUGUUAAGUGAUAAUUAUAGUUCACGAUUAGAUUUUAGACAAAUGGUGAAAGCUGCCUCAAAUUUCAACCCAAUUCCUGAGAACGAUGAUGCCAAUGGGGAUACAAAGACAGCAUGCAGGAUUUUUGGAUAUUUAGAUGUCAAUAAAGUCACCGGUAAUUUGCAUAUUACCGCACUUGGCCAUGGAUAUGGAUAUGGAUUUUAUAAUACGGCUGAUGAAGAAAUGAAUUUCACACAUAGAAUUGAUGAAUUCUCAUUUGGAACUCUUUAUCCGCACCUAAUAAAUCCACUUGAUAAUAGUUUCGAGAUUGCCGAAGCUCAUGUGGAAGCUUUUAUGUAUUUUUUGUCAGUCGUCCCGACGACAUACAUAGAUAAUAGUAAUCAAGUUUUGUUAACUAAUCAAUAUUCAGUUACGGAAUAUUCUCGUAUCAUUGAUUCAUCAAAAGGAGGAAUCGGUGUUCCAGGAAUCUUCUUCAAAUAUGAUAUUGAACCAAUUUCUGUGCGAAUCAUCGAAAAUGGCUCAAGUUUUGUCACAUUUUUGGUAAGAUUAAGUGGACUCGUUGGUGGUAUAUGGGUAACAGCCGGAUUUGCGUUAAAAGUUGCGAAUCGGAUUUGGUCAUCAUUGCAAAAGACCAUCUCAAAUGAUAAUUACCUGACGAAUAAACUUAAUCAUAAAUUUAUUUCAUCAAAGGAAGUAGAAGAAGCUAGGCUUAAGAGGGAAGAAGAAUGGAAGAAAGCUUUUGAAAGAAUAAACGAAAAACCUCCUCCUAUUGAGGAGGAUUAUGAUCCUCGAACAUUAUACGAGAGGUUACAAGAACAAAAAAUGAAAAAGGAGGAAUCGUUUCAAGAGAUGAAUAGAUACAGUAAUUUAAUUCAUAGGCUGGACGAGGAUGAGAUAGAAUUCUUGGCGACGGUAGAGAGUGACGAACGUGUUAAAGAAUUAGAAAAGAUGAAAAAAGAUGAGGCAGAACUCGAAAAUUUUAGGCAAGCUGCAGCUGAAGCUGAUAAGGCUGCAAUUGCAAUUUCAAAACCCAUUGUAUAUGAACCGGCUCCGGCACUGGUAAAAAAUACUCAAAAACAUGAUUCACAACGAAAGAUAUUAGCGAAUGCGGUGAAGAAAACCGCCAAAUCAACGCGCAGUAAACCGUUACUGGUAACAAUCAAGCAAGAAAGAUCAUCACUUCCCACUAAACAUGAACCUCCAUCAUCAACUAAUGAACAAGAAUUAGUAUUAUCGCCUAUUAUUAUAGAACAAUCAUCUCAUACUGUCAAGCGAGAACCACAUGAUUCUGAUGAUGAUGAACAGGCUAGAGAAAUUAAACGAAUUAAAAUUAAAGAAUCAAAUGAUCCAGAAAUUUCGAAAGAAGAAUCAUCAGAAAGAACUUUAGUUGAAGGGAAAGACUCGAUAGAAACGACCAAUAAUAGUAAACCCUUGAACCCUUUGUUAUCUUUACUUGUAUAUAGCGAUGACAGUGACGACGAUGAUACCUCAUGA